AUGUCACUCGUCCAGGCUCAACUCAGCAACCCUGGCAUUCCAGCCCCAGAGCGCCAACAAGCUCUAAACCGAGUGCAUGCAGACCCCGGCGUCCCUAAGGACGCCACAACCUCAUCUUUCUGGCUGCAGGAGCCGCAUCCACAUUUUACCAACAAAUCCUCGUUCCCCCUGCCCGCUAAAGCGGACGUCGUGAUCAUCGGCUCAGGCGUCACCGGCGCAUCAAUUGCCCGCACAUUACUCCAGAGUCGCUCCAUGUGUUCAAAUCCGUCGUUUCCCAAAGUUUUGAUACUUGAAGCUCGCGAUGUUUGCAGUGGCGCUACUGGCCGGAAUGGUGGUCAUAUCCUUGAAAAUGCAGACGAGUACGCCGAAUUCGCAGAUGAGUUCGGAGAGGAUGCUGCGCGGAAGAUCAUUCGGUUUAGGCUUGCGCAUUUGCGCGAGAUGCUCAGUGUUGCGGAGGAACUUGGGUUGACUGAGGUUGCUCAGGCUCGCAAAGUGCAGUUCCUGAGUGCUUAUUUCGGAGAUGAGAACUGGAAGUCUGCUAAAGAGCGACUCCAACGUUUCAAGAAGGGUAUGCCAGAGGAAUCCGAGGAGUGGAUAGCUUAUGAGGGAGAUUCAAUUCCCAAGGAAUUCAAGCUUUCGCGUGCAAACGGCGUUGUCGCAGGUCCCGCGGGUGCUUUGUGGCCUUACAAAUUCGUGACUGGUGUUCUUUCUCGCCUGCUCUCUGAGUACCCGUCCGAGUUCCAGGUUGCGGAUCACACCUCAGUGACCGCCGUUCACUACGACCAGGAUCAAUACUCGAUUGAGACCAACCGCGGCACCGUCCACGCUCGCCAUGUCAUUCAUUGUACAAACGCACAUGUCGGACAUCUAGUCCCCGGCCUUCGUGGCCGCAUCUUCCCCGUCCGCGGACAAAUGUCCGCCCAGACACCGGGAGACAGAUUCCCCCUUCAAGCAGAAAAACACUCCUGGAUCUUUAACUACGAUCGCGGCUUCGACUAUCUAACCCAGCUACCAAGCGGACAGAUGAUGUUCGGCGGCGGUUUCGUGCACAGUGAAAGCCUCGGCAUCGCCGAUAUGGGUGUUCCAGCUGAUAACGAAAUGAGUCUCGCGAUUGACAUUCAUCUCUCUGGCGCCUUAAGUGCUGUCUUCGGUCGCGAGUCCUGGGGUUGUGUUCAAGGCAAUCCCAUUCAAGCGAUGUGGACCGGCAACAUGGGAUUCAGCGCCGAUGGGUUCCCGUGGGUGGGAGAGUUGCCUGGAUCUCUAACACGUCGGACAAGAACUAGCAAUAAGACAGGCGAAGGGGCCGAGUGGGUGUGUGCUGCGUUCUGCGGCGAGGGAAUGGUGCAGGCGUGGCUAUCUGGAAAGGCGCUGGCUACUAUGCUUCUGAAAAAGGAUGGACACUCUGGGGAGGAUCUGUCAUGGUUCCCGGAGCAGUUGCUUGUGAAUGAGCAGCGCAUUAAUAAGGCCGUGUUGCCUCAGGUUGUGUCCGAUUCACCACGACGUCAUGCGAACCUGUAG